UAGCGCACUGCAGGCACUUUUUCCAGCUUUCCCCGCAUUGGGUUUUCUGUUGGUUUUUGUGUUGUUGUUGCUUUAUUGUUAUCACAAUAAAGGCUAUUUGCCCCAUUUUCCAUCUGCUUCUGUGUCUGAUCUGACAAUCUGGUGACUGCAAGCCGGUUUCGAGCAGGAUCUGAAGAAAAUUGAACAAGAUUUUUCUCACUUCAGCCAAAAAUUACCUCGAGCAACUAACAGCUACUCAACAUCGUGUUUAGCCACUGUGUCUGUAGCAUUAUAAAAGCGCUCAAGUGCCGGUUAUAUCACAGCAUGUUGGAAUAUCGCUUCCGUACCAUCUAUGUAUGCCACGACGCAGUAUUUAAUGGCGCUGAAAAUUAUAUACGCGAUCUAAUCGAAAUCUCCUGAAGCCGCUAUGAUGGAUAUUUGCUGGUUACUGCUUGCCACGCUGUUUUUCCAUGGAAUUCUGGCAGCAGACGAUGAUUUUAUUUGGAAGGCGGUCCCUCCUCCGGUUCCAUUUCCGGUAUUCUCCGCUGAGCCAAUGGCACACGAGCAGUGCCGUCUGCAGUACACCACCAACUGUUAUUCGCGGGAGUAUCCGCUGAGCUGGUGCAUCCAAAGCCCGGUACUGAACAUCAACUGCAACAGCAACGCCACCUCACAAGAGAUUCAGCAAAUGGCAGUGACGUUCGCCCAGCCGCCCCUGCGACCGGUUCUGGUGGACCUUGAUGAUGGCGAGCUAGUAACUAGUGAGAACGUGGCUGCUGUUCGAAACCAAGUCAUCCUCUUAAGCUUGUCCAACUGUGUAUCCCCUCGCACUACCGGCAAAUUGUCGUCGUUGCGUUUCCCCAAUCUUCUAGAUUUGUCGUUAAAUAGCUGUUACAACUUAAAAAUUCGGAGAUCAGAUUUUUGGCAGUCGAUGAAAUUACGUGUUAUAGAAUUUUUCAACGGAACAAUUCAGUCAUUGGAGAAAGAUACAUUCGCUGACCUUCCCGCCCUUCGAGUCCUAUCACUGGAAGCAGGAAUGGCUUCUAUUCCGACAUUCAGUCCCGAGAUUCGAUCGUACUUAAAGGAGCUACAUUGUGGCAUGGCGUUUGAAUGGUUCCGCCGAUGGUGGGACAACAAACACCUGUUGAAAAAAGCUAAUUACAGUGAAGUGUACCAAAUGUAUCCGUCUGCUUGGGGAAACCAUGCAAUUAAUGAAAGCGAAAUGUACCUGCCUAUUGACUGUGCAGCUAAACCAUUUCCAACUGGAGCGCCUUCUAUCGAUUUCAACCAAGAGCGCUUCUCUGUUAACGAUGACCUUUAUGGGGAGAAAUGGUUACCCGGUGACGUUGAAGACGCCGAAGACCGGUAUCCGGAAUUUUCCAUACAACCGUUUACCGCCGAAGAAUGUGCCGUUCAGCAACUAAGCUACUGCCACCCAUUGACAUGUGGAGAAACUUUUAUUCAGGGAUACCUCACAUAUAGACUUUCGUUUACUACGGACACCGGCUGCUAUGCCAACGUCUCCGGUUCAGAGCGCAUCCAGCGCGCGGUGAACUCUAUUAUGCGCUUGCCGAUUCGGCCUGUCAUCCUCGAAGUACACCACAGGGCUCCUCUACUAUUCGCAGAUGUGGCUCCAGUACGCAAACGUAUUAUUCAGUUCCAUCUGUACGAUGACUCGAAACGAGCUACCGCACAGAUACUUGAUUUAUACUUGACGAACAUCGUAGAAUUUAUGGCCUUCCACUGUUCCGAUCUGGGUAUCAAGAAAACUGAUUUUGAAAGGUCAAGAAAGCUCCGACAGGUUCUGUUCUAUAAUACGACAAUUCAAACGUUGGAAGCAGGGACUUUCACCGAUUUACCGUCGCUAAAUUUUCUCUCACUGGAAUUCAAUCUGAGAAGAAUGCACACGUUCGAGGAAAUUCGAGCUUAUGAUGAAUGGUGGCUGCGGCCGGUAAUGUUCUCACAACGAACGCGCGAUUAUCUGUUUCACCUGCACUGCAGUUGUGAGUUUGCUUGGUUUCGGCGAUGGUGGAAUAGCAAUAAUACUGUGAGAUUAUCCCCGGCCGUUGAAAACGACGAAAUCGUGUCUGUAAUGCGUGUUCCCUACUCCGAAUACUUAUUUUACCAGGCUGAACAAGUCCCCAUCGACUGUGCACACCCAAUUCCACUGGGAUCGGAAUACGUAAAUGUUAAUCAAACAGAAUUUUCUGUUAACGAGCCAGUUUGUCUUUAGCUUCUUUUUGGGUAGUAGCUAUCAGCUUGCUUUCUUAACGCUCUUUAGUCCGUCGAUCUUAUCAUAUUCUGGAAUCGGCGCCCUAUCAUUUUGAAUCUGGGUAACGCUUAGUUUGCAUUAAUUCGGACCACAUUAUUACGUUGCCAUGACGAUACGAGAAAAUUAAUAUAGCCUUUUUACUUCUUAUCGCUUGCAGCCUUGCACGACACACUAUACUGUGAGCUGUUUGCACGGUGAUCAAGAAAUGACCCUAAAUAGACUGUGAAAGCUGGGAGCCCGGUGCGAAAUACAGUUGGAUGUUGUUGAAAGCGGAUCGAUAUGAUCACCGGUGUUUUUUGAGGUCCGUAUUAUAGUUUUUCGUCUUAGUUACGUAGAACUUUCGUGCCAAAUCUAGCGCCCAUAUUACAGUAAUCAUAACAGCUAUGUACGUCGAAAGUUGUAACAAGCGUUAUACAGCAUCUGGAUGUGAGCUAUGGUGCUGCAGUUGGUAAUAUCGAUUCAGUUUAUCAAACUUGAUAAUAUUUCCGCUCUGGAUGGCUGAUUCAGCUGUAAUAGUAAGUUCUGGAGUUAGGUACGAAAUGACUAAUUCA